UUCUUUGCAUUUUGAAACUGCUGCUGGAGAAGUUCAGACAUACACUGUGGCUUGUAACAGUGAAGAAAAAAAUGAUCAAGAGUUGAUAAAAGACACAAACAACCUGAAGCUACGGGUUUGUUACUCUCUGCAGGUUUAUAUACAGCUGAAGAAUGAAAGUAAAAGUGAUCCUGUUGUUACACCUACCUGCACAAAUGUUCCUCAACCAGAUGUCACAGUUCUUUAUGUUGGAAGUGACACAGUGACUCUUGGUGUUCCACCCAUUGAUUCCUCAGAGAGAUUUAAACUACAUAUAAAUUACCACAGUAACACACACAAUGACACACUGAUCGAGGACGAGUCCAGCUCUGUGGAUGUUGAGGGACUGACUCCUGGGACUGAGUAUACUUUCAGCAUCACAAGAGUAUCAGACAAUGGAGCUGAGAGCAAACCAGCCAUUGCAUCUGUAACUACAGAUCCACUUCCUCCAGUGGGGAUCAGAGUCUCUGACAUCGGCAGUGAGUCCUUGUCUCUGCAGUGGGACACUCCUCCUGGUGAAGUGGACAGCUACAUUGUGACGUGGAGCAGUGAAGGAGAAGCUGAUCAAGAGCUGACAACACAGGAAAACAGCCUGACCAUCAGCAACCUAAAGCUAGGGCUUUGUUACUUUCUGCAGGUUUUUACCCAGCUGAAGAAUGGAAGAAUAAGUGCUCCUGCUGUUACAUCUGUCUGCACAAAUGUUCCUCAACCAGAUGUCACAGUUCUGCAUGUUGGAAGUGACACAGUGACUCUUGGUGUGCCACCCAUUGAUUCCUCAGAGAGAUGUAAACUACAUAUAAAUUACCACAGUAACACACACAAUGACACACUGAUCGAGGACGAGUCCAGCGCUGUGGAUGUUACGGGAAUGACUCCUGGGACUGAGUAUACUUUCAGCAUCACCAGAGUAUCAGACAAUGGAGCUGAGAGCAAACCAGCCAUUGCAUCUGUAACUACAGAUCCACUUCCUCCAGUGGGGAUCAGAGUCUCUGACAUCGGCAGUGAGUCCUUGUCUCUGCAGUGGGACACUCCUCCUGGUGAAGUGGACAGCUACAUUGUGACGUGGAGCAGUGAAGGAGAAGCUGAUCAAGAGCUGACAACACAGGAAAACAGCCUGACCAUCAGCAACCUAAAGCUAGGGCUUUGUUACUUUCUGCAGGUUUUUACCCAGCUGAAGAAUGGAAGAAUAAGUGCUCCUGCUGUUACAUCUGUCUGCACAAAUGUUCCUCAACCAGAUGUCACAGUUCUGCAUGUUGGAAGUGACACAGUGACUCUUGGUGUGCCACCCAUUGAUUCCUCAGAGAGAUGUAAACUACAUAUAAAUUACCACAGUAACACACACAAUGACACACUGAUCGAGGAUGAGUCCAGCGCUGUGGAUGUUACGGGAAUGACUCCUGGGACUGAAUAUACUUUCAGCAUCACCAGAGUAUCAGACAAUGGAGCUGAGAGCAAACCAGCCAUUGCAUCUGUAACUACAGAUCCACUUCCUCCAGUGGAGAUCAGAGUCUCUGACAUCGGCAGUGAGUCCUUGUCUCUGCAGUGGGACACUCCUCCUGGUGAAGUGGACAGCUACAUUGUGACGUGGCGCAGUGAAGGAGAAGCUGAUCAAGAGCUGACAACACAGGAAAACAGCCUGACCAUCAGCAACCUAAAGCUAGGGCUUUGUUACUUUCUGCAGGUUUUUACCCAGCUGAAGAAUGGAAGAAUAAGUGCUUCUGCUGUUACAUCUGUCUGCACAAAUGUUCCUCAACCAGAUGUCACAGUUCUGCAUGUUGGAAGUGACACAGUGACUCUUGGUGUGCCACCCAUUGAUUCCUCAGAGAGAUGUAAACUACAUAUAAAUUACCACAGUAACACACACAAUGACACACUGAUCGAGGACGAGUCCAGCGCUGUGGAUGUUACGGGACUGACUCCUGGGACUGAGUAUACUUUCAGCAUCACAAGAGUAUCAGACAAUGGAGCUGAGAGCAAACCAGCCAUUGCAUCUGUAACUACAGAUCCACUUCCUCCAGUGGGGAUCAGAGUCUCUGACAUCGGCAGUGAGUCCUUGUCUCUGCAGUGGGACACUCCUCCUGGUGAAGUGGACAGCUACAUUGUGAAGUGUAGCAGUGAAGGAGAAGCUGAUCAAGAGCUGACAACAGAGACAAACAGCCUGACCAUCAACAACCUAAAGCUAGGGCUUCGUUACUUUCUGCAGGUUUUUACCCAGCUGAAGAAUGGAAGAAGAAGUGCUCCUGCUGUUACAUCUGUCUGCACAAAUGUCCCAAAUUUCCAACCCAAUGAGAGUGAGAAAGACUCCAGCUUUGUAGGUGUUGAUGGUCAGAUUCCUGGGGCUGAGUAUAUGUUUAGCAUCACAAGAGUUGCUGCAAAUGGAGCUCAGUGGAAGUCAGACAGUAUAACUGUGUUUACAGAUCCAGUCCUUCCUGUUAAGAUCAAUGUCUCUGAUGUUAGCAAUGAGUCUGUUUCUUUGCACUUUCAAAGUGCUGCUGGUGAAGUGAAACAAUACAUUGUGAAGUGUAGUAGUGAAGGAGAAACUGAUCAAGACCUUCAAAAGAACACAAACAGCCCGAGGCCAGGGGUGUGUUAUUCUCUACAAGUUUCUAUAAAGCUGAACAAUGGAACAAGAAGUGAUCCUGCUGCCACAUCUGCUUCCAAAAAGACACAACUUGAGAGUUUAUUGGAACAUCUGGGAUUGGAGCAGUACUUCAGAAAAAAUCUCUCAAUGAGUCAAAUGCUUGAGAUUAACGAGAGGAGUCUCACAGAUGAACCUAAGUGUUACUCGGAUCUUCCAUGGUGUUUUGUAAAGAAACUGUUAAUGUUUAAUGUGACAGCAAGGAAUGUUAAAUGCACAUCGGAGGGUGACUCAAACUCUAAAGCUACUUCAGAUAAUUUAAACUUAGAUUUAAAUAAUCUAAUUGCCAGUCCAGUCUCAGGUGACAGACUGAACCCUCUUGACAUCAUCACUGCUCUGUUUCUGUGUUCUGAUGGUUUUGUGCAGCAGGAACUGACACUGAAAAUGUCCAUGUGUCAGUUCUCGGUGCCUCUGCUUCUUCCUAACUGUGACACACAGCAGUGCACACUCAUGCUGUGGGCCAUGAGAGACAUUGUUAAAAAAUACAGACCUCAGUCACUUUCAGAGUCAAAGGGCUUUAAGGAGGACAGAAUAGUCAUCUCUGAGCUUCCAAUGAUAUCUUUUGUUAGACUGGGUGAGUCCUCCUUGUCCAAGUCAGAGAUCCUCAACAAGCUACUGAGCAGUUCUCAGCAGUACCAUGACACCUUUGUUCACCACAACAUGGAGUGUGGAGACAGUCCAAGAAGAAUCUCCAAUGGUCUGGUUGAAAUAUCCUGGUACCUCCCAUGUGGUAACAAGAACAUGGACAUCUUCAGUGAGCCAGUGGCUGUGGCCAACCUCCGUGGAGACGCCGCUUCAUUUGAAACACAAUAUUCAUUUUUGUGUCAAACAUCUGCAGCUGUUUUUGUGUUUUCUGAUAACUUGGAGUCUGAAUACACAUUGCUUAACAACCAAAACCACAAGUCACAAAUCUUUUUGGUGGGUAAUAAACAGGGCACAUACUUCAAUGCAGAUGCUCUAAAACAGGGAGCAACCAGAUUAGGCUUGCAGAAGAAAAACCUCAUUAUCAAAACACAGCAGAAAAGUUACGGACAAUUUAUCAAAACAAUCAAGUCAUCCAUUAAUGAUAUAGUUCAGAACUCAAAGAUGAAGAUGAAAAUAGAGCAGAUGGCUGAUAUUGCUCAUGAACUGGGGAUCAUGGUUGAUGAAGACUGUCCAGAGUGUCAGAUGGCCAAGAGAAAUGCAGACGCCAUCACUGCAGAAAUACAAGACACGCUGAAAUACAAAGAAAAUCAGCUUCCACGGCAAGGUCAAAUAUGGAAACAACUGACGAUGUUGGAAAAGGAGGAAUUUAGACUUCAGAAUCUUGGCUCUGAAAACAUAGAAAACUACAAAAGUAAACUUCAAAAACAGAAAACACAACUGAGGGCUAAACAAAACUCUUCUGACAUGUCAGAUGCAAUGACAUGUUUCAUUAACGCAAUAUCAAGACCAGGAACAGAGAGAUGUUAUUUCCUGAAAUGGAUGCGGAUGAACCUUGAUAAUCUGUCUAGAGACAAACUGUCUGACCUCAGGGAGCUGUACAAACAGAAAUGUGAAAGUUCUGAAAACAAAGAGGAAAUUAAAGACAUUGACAAACAACUGUCCAGCAGCUCACUGGGAACUGAACACUUCUUCCGUGAGAUUGGUCAAAUCUAUGAAGCUUCAGUUUGUCUUCCAGAAACAAACCCAUCACGUCAACAGCUCCAGCAUCUGCCCAAACUCUGUGCACAGCUGCUGCUUGAUGGAUUUCCUGUUGAGCUUGUAGAUGGAGAUGCAUCCAACAUACCUCUCAGAUGGGUGAGUGAUGUUCUGUCUCAGCUCAAUGAGAUGGUGUCUCCUAAGAACAAGGUUCUGGUCGUCACAGUUCUUGGAGUUCAGAGCACAGGAAAGUCCACUCUGCUCAACACCAUGUUUGGAGUUCAGUUUGCCGUCAGCAGUGGUCGAUGCACUCGAGGUGCUUUCAUGCUGCUCAUCAGAAUCAAUGAGGGUGUUAAAACAGUCCUCAACUGUGACUUCAUGAUGAUCAUUGACACUGAGGGCUUGAAGUCACCAGAACUUUCACAACUGGACAACAGCUAUGAACAUGACAACGAGCUGGCAACACUCGUUUUGGGUUUGAGUGACAUCACUAUUGUCAACAUCGCUAUGGAGAAUAUUACAGAUAUGAAAGACAUCCUGCAGAUAGUAGUUCACGCUUUUCUCAGGAUGAAAGAGAUCGGUAAAAAACCUAAAUGUCAGUUUGUUCACCAGAACGUUUCAGAUGUUUCAGCUCAUGAGAAAAAUUCAAGAGACAGAAAACUGCUCCUGGAACAGUUAAAUGAAAUGACCCAGGCAGCAGCCAGGAUGGAAAAGAAAGAGAAGAACAAGAGCUUCACUGAUGUAAUGGAGUAUGAUCCAGACACUGGGAACUGGUACAUUCCUGGACUCUGGAAUGGAAACCCACCAAUGGCUCCAGUCAACGCAGGCUACAGCGAAGCUGUUUAUGACCUCAAGAAAAAUGUGAUCAAAUUACUGGGGAAUCAUCAGUCAUCAGGUAACAAUAUCAUGGAGUUUACAGAGUGGAUGAGAAGCCUGUGGAAUGCAGUUAAACAUGAAAACUUCAUCUUUAGCUUCAGAAACAGUCUAGUAGCUGAUGCGUACAUGAAGCUCUGCACAGAGUUCAACAAAUGGGAAUGGGAAUUCAAAAAGGACAUGUACACAUGGGUCACACAAGCUGAAACAAGUAUAUCUAACUUUGGUACAAUUGCUGCAAAAUAUGAGAUUUCUGACAUCAAGGAACUUCUCACUUGGUUGAAAACUGAAGCUUCCACUAAACUGAUUUACUGGGAGGAAAAGCUUCUGGACAAUCUGACACAGUACUUCAAGCAGAAAGAGGGUCACGUCUGUCUGGUUGAAGGAUACAGAGAAGAAUUCUCAAACAGUGCAAAGAACCUUCGAAAAGAAAUGAAGAACUCUGUGUUUAAUCAGCUCACAGCAGCAGCAGAAAUCAAACAGGGAAUGAGAGAAGUUGACAAAAUCAAGAAGAAUCACACAAAAGAAUUAGAAAAAGCAGUGAGUUCACUGAUUGAUGAAUGUCGGGAGAAAAAUUUCCAGAUGACGAAUAAAGAACUGGACAAAGAGUUCGAUAAGAUGUGGAAACAAACAAUGAGCAAAGUGACAUUUUCUAAACCACAGCCAAAAGACAUCUUCACCAGUGUCUUUAACUGCCUGAGAAUAAACCUGUCACAUAAGGGGAGUCAUGCAUGUGAACUGUUAAGUCAAAGACGACUUGAAGAUUGUGGAUUUGAGCCUUUCAAAGUAACAGUGGAAGGGCGUUUGAUUCAAUUUUUACAUAAAAUGCAGCUACAAAAAAUGUCCGACAGAAUCAUAGAUGCUUGUAAACAGGCUGUAGUGGGAAAAACAUUAAAACAUACAAAUUACCAUGACACUGACAUCCAGGAGAUUCUGCACCUGAUUGAUGAGAAACUACAAAACAAUCAAGAUGUUGACACAGACAUCACAUUUGAAGUUUUUUUAAAACAGCACAUCUGUGGAUUUGCAGCCAGAAACUUUCAGAAAAUGCAUGAAGAGUUUCUUCAUAUGAAUGAUCCUCACACAUGUCUGAACCAAAACAAGGACAAGUUCUGUGCUGAUUUCAAAUAUCUGUUCCAUGUGACCAGUGUCAGAAGAAGGCAGAAAAAUUCACCAACCGAUGCUUGAAGCCUGCAGUCGAGGGCUUUGUCAAACGUUCCCUGGGUCCUGAUAUCAUUGGUGAAAUGAUGACGAUGCAGCAGUUCAGUACACGUAUGUUCUUCCAGUCCUCAAUUUUACAGGAUUUACUUGCAAAGGAUCAAUUUGAGAGCUAU